AUGGCGGGCAAAAGGGGUAGCAAGGCUGGACCCUCGCCGUUAGCCAAGACGCUCGUUCUUGACAACGGCGGCUACACCAUCAAGGCUGGUUUCGUAACCGAAGAAUCUGCGGAACAACCACGCGUUAUCCCCAACUGCAUCGCCCGCGACCGUUCCAGGAAGCUCUACGUCGCGUCCGAACUGGACCAGUGUCGCGAUUUUGGCGAGGCUCAAUUCAGGCGCCCGGUUGAGAAGGGCUUCAUUGUCAAUUGGGAGGCUCAGAGAGAGAUCUGGGACCGCGAAUUCUUCGACGACAAAGCUCCGCAGAAUUGUGAUCCAUCCGAAACGCGACUGCUUCUCGCUGAACAACCCAACUCCCUUCCCGUGCUUCAGUCGAAUACCGACCAGAUCGUCUUCGAGGAGUAUGGUUUUGCCAGCUACUAUCGUGGAAUCGGCCCCGCCUUUAACGCCUACCAUGACAUACAGGCUGUUCUCCAAACGCCUCGCGAUCCAAGUACUGUUCCCACGACCCCAGCCGAGCUGGUCCUCGUCAUUGAUUCGGGCUAUUCUCAGACGACUGUCUUGCCUCUCCUCCAUGGCCGCCCGUUCCACUCCGCCGUUCGCCGCCUCGACGUGGGCGGUAAGUUCCUAACGAAUUACCUUACUCGCCUUCUCUCCCUCCGCCACUUCGACAUGCGAAACGAUGUCUACAUCGUCAACGAGAUCAAGGAAAAGGCCUGCUAUGUGUCUCUCGAUUUCGACAGUGAUCUGGAAAAGACAUGGAAGGGUACACGUGGCGAGAGGAGAGAGUCAUACCUUACAGGAGGCGGUGUUGCCAAGGACUACGUGCUGCCCGAUUUUCACACUCGGUCACAGGGGGUCGUGCGCGACUAUGACCCUGCAAUGCACACAAAGGCCAGGAAGCUGGCGGCUCAGUCGAGUGACGUCAACGAGGACCUCCUAACUCUGCGUAACGAGCGCUUCACUGUGCCUGAGCUCCUGUUCAACCCCUCCGACAUUGGCCUCUGGCAGUCAGGGCUAGCUGAUCUCGUUAUGCAGUCUCUCGACGAACUGCCGAUUGGAAUCUGGCCAGGCCUGCUGGCCAAUAUUGUUGUCGUUGGUGGGAACGCCUCGUUCGAAGGAUUCAUUCAGCGCCUUGAGAAGGAGCUCGUGAAGCGGGUGCCUGACGACUGCAUAGUACGUGUUGCCCGCCCAGCUGAUCCCAUCACCAGCACCUGGCUUGGCGCGGCGAACCUUGCCCGUCACGGCAAUCUGCCCAACAUGUGUGUCACAAAGGCAGAAUACGAGGAGCACGGCGGAAGUUGGCUUGCGCACAAGUUCGGUUCGAGCUCGGCUAUGGGCUCAGCGAGUCCCAACUGA